GCAUUUGCAGUUGGUAUCAUUCGAAGAAAGCACGUCAAGCUUCGCAUCAGACAUUUUGUGAACAGAAGCGCAGCUGUGAAGAGUGGUGAAAGGAAGAUUUUGUGGCGGUAUUUGAUUGUUAAAGUAAACGCCCAUGAUGUAUUCCGUAAAGGGAGCAACAAUUUACAUUCUGUGCGAAGAAAGUGGUAAAAUACUUGAAAAAAUAGCUGUGAACACCAAUCGGAUCACAUUUGGUUCAUACCCGCUGAACAACGUCCGCUUGCAUACGCCAAAUACCGAGCGGCUGCACUGUAAAAUAUUUGCGGAUUCGUCCAAUUCGGUGACUAUCGUCAAUUAUUCACAGAGUAAUCCUGUGCGAGUGAAUAACACCCGUGUGCAGAGUACAACGGAUUUACAUGACAAUGAUAAAUUCGAAGUGGCCGGCUGCUUGUUUUUGUGGAAUUUCAAUCCUGCAAACAUCAAAGCAGUUCCCAAGCCGAAAAAGCGCACAAUCCAGCAAUGUAGGCGGAAAACGAUCACGUUGAAACGGGUGCGAAGCAGCGGGGAUAUUGAAAAACAAAGCUGCGCGAUAGUACCACGGUCGGUUAGUUUGAUGCUGAAUGCCUAUAGGAAACGGCGAACAAUUCACAGCAAUACUGUGUUCAGACAAUCAUCCUUAUGCGAUGCAAACAUAUCAAACAACCGGUGCGAAGAAAAUAAUCUAUCCGAGCACGCUAGUAACGCACUCGUUGAAACGAGUACGCCAACAACCGUCAAUAUUAUGCGGCCAGAUUUAUCUCCCGCUAUUACACCGCUCAUUGAAAAGGAAAACAUCGUGCCUGCAAACAUUCAAGAACUAAUUACUGGCGAUCUUAUGACUAAAACGCAUACACCCGUAUCUAAGCGACGACACUUGGCCUGCCAUACGCCUGUGUCUCAUUUAAUUGAUUUAACGACUCCGCCGGCCAAAACUCGGGCGACAAGCUCGGCGCGAAAAGCAUUAUCCAGCAAAGCAAUUCAGUCUCCACGGCUACUAGAUGUUGUGAAUAUAGUAACACCUAGUCCAAAGAAAAUCAGCAGAACGCCAAUUUCGUUACGAAGCACUACAUCAACGCCGAAAACUACAUUAUUAAAAUCGGCCAUCAAAAAUUCACGAGCACACGAGCCGAGUCCUAAGAAAACACCCCUUACUUCCGGUUUCGCGAAGAAAACUCCAAAUGUAAAAUUGAACACGCCGCGUUCAAAUACACCAAAACUUGCGCCGGUCUCUGGCAAGAGUUCUACGCCCAAAGCAAGGAAGCAUUUAAUGUCGUCUCUAAACGAGAAGAAGGGAGUUCCUAUGUACAAAACGGAUUCUCCAGUACCAAUCAUAAGUUUGGAAGAAUCAAGCAAACAUUCAACACCAACGCUCACAAAAAGACAAGGCACUGCUGCUACGCCGAAGCGAACCGUUUGCGGUACUCCGAAGGGCCAGCUUCUGGAACGAUGUAAUAUUCAGCAACCUGCUAGCGUCGUAACUUCUGCAAACACUGACAAUAUUGGCGAAGUAGAGUGUCCCAGCGUUGAGCCGAUUAUUGAUGUGCGAUCAAUAAUAAAGAAGCCGAAUCGGACUACACAGAUACGAUCGGCCAAAUAUUCCGAUAUAACUCCUCACGAAUCUUUUGCUGACGGACUGAUGCCAAUUGCUUCUAUACCUCCAGAAGAAACUGUGAUAGUGUUCCAGGCCGAGAGCAGCGUGUCAACGCCAUCUAACAUACUUCAGGACGAAUUGAAAUGUGUGAGUGACAUGCCAUCGAAUGUUAACCCUAAUCGCAAUUCUUGUUCAUCGGCCAUAGCCCCCUUUUUCUCCGACGCAUCUCAGAAGACACGUAAAACUAUGAGCGAUUUCAGCAGCAGACUACCGGCGAGUCCUUUACGGCCCUUGAGUCAUUACAAGUUGAUUCAAAGCAACUUAGAUUCGAUCGAUGUUUCAACAAAAGACACGAAGGCACACCCAGCAAUUAUUGUUUCAGAAGACGAUAACGAUGAAAAUGAAUUGCUGGCAGAAAGUGGCAUGACCCAAUCUCUACAAAACGAUUCGAUUCCCACAACUCCUGAGCUGAGACAUUCAUGGCGACACACUCGGAAAUGUAUCGGCAGCGCGUUUACAUCUUUGAAUACUUCUCGACCACAGUUGGAUUUGACCGCAGAAAUAGACGAAAGUCUAGUGCUAACAGAGGAUGAGGAAGCCGUACCCGAAAAUAAUCAGCUUUAUAACUUGGAAUGCUCUAACCCAAUACCUUCGUCGGAUGUAGAACAAUUGGUUUUACAUAAUGCUAGCAGCAAUAAUCGCCCAGCAUCCAUGGUUCCAGAAACGACCACUGAAAUAUCGUCGGGUUUGAUGUCUCACAGUUUUGAUAACGAGCCACCUUUACGCGAUUCUGACGAUAUUGCUGAAUGUUCGAUAACUGAGCAGGAAAAGGUCCAGGAAGAUGCAGUGCAUCAAGAAGCCAGUUAUUCCACGAAGAUCGCAUUACACUUGGAAAUACCAGAGCUCAUUUUCAAUCAUUUCGACGAGGACGAAAAGGAGGUGGAAGCGAUUUCGGAAUCGAAGACAGGCGACAACGAAAUGGCAGAGAUUACCGAAUCUCAGGCCGACGACGAGGAAGUGGAAGAGAUUUCUGAAUCGCAGACUGGCGAUAAGGAAGUGGUAGUGAUUUCCGAAUCGCAGAUUGACGACAAGGACGAGGAAGAGAUGUUCGAUUCGCAGGCUGAAGACAAGAAAGUGGAAGAGAUGUCAGAAUCGCAGACUGAAGGCCAGGAAGUGGAAGAGAUUUCCGAAUCGCAGACUGUCGUCAAGGAAGAGGAAGAGAUUCCAGAAUCGCUGAUUGAAGACAAGGGAGUGGAAGAGAUGUCAGAAUCACAGCUUGAAGGCCAGGAAGUGGAAGAGAUUUCCGUAUCGCAGUCUGUCGACAAGGAAGACUCACAGAUUGAUGACAAGGAAAUAGAAGAGAUACCAGAGUCUCAUACUGACGACAAGGAAGUGGAAGAGAUCCCAGAGUCACAGACUGUCGACAAGGAAGAGGAAGAGAUUCCAGAACCGCAGAUUGAAGACAAGGAAGUGGAAGAGAUUGCAGAACCCCGGUCUGAAGAUAAGGAAGUGGAAGAGAUUUCUCAAUCACAAGAUAAUUCUCGCAGAUCCAGUUAUCCCAGCGAUACUGUAUUAAUUAUGGAAUCACCAGAGCUUCACAGUAACUUCGACGAGAAGGACAAGGAAGUAAUUUCCGAAUCGCAGAUUGACGACGAGGAAGUAAAAGAGAUUUCAGAAUCGCAGUCUGAAGACAAGGAAGACCCACAGACUGACGACAAGGAAAUAGAAGAGAUACCAGAGUUACAUACUGACGACAAGGAAGUAGAAGAGAUUUCCGAAUCGCAGACUGUCGACAAGGAAGAGGAAGAGCUCCCAGGAUCACACCCUGAUGAAGAAAAAGAAGUGGUAGAGAUUGCAGAAUCGCAGAUUGACGAUAAGAAAUUGGAAGAGAUUCCACAAUCACAGCCUGAAGAGAAGGAAGUGGAAGAGAUGUCAGAAUUGCAGCAGGAAAUGGAGGAGAUCCCUGAGCCACAGACUGACGACAAGGAAAUAGAAGAGAUAUCCGAAUUGCAGACUGUCGACAAGGAAGUGGAAGAGAUGUCUGAAUUGCAGCCUGAAGACAAGGAAAUAGAAGAGAUUCCAGAGUCGCAGGCUGCCGACAAGGAAAUAGAAGAGAUCUCAGAGUCACAGACUGACGACAAGGAAGUGAAAGAUAUAUCCGAAUCGCAGAUUGACGGCAACGAAGUGGAAGAGAUGUCAGAGUCACAUACUGUCGACAAGGAAGAAGAAGAGAUUCCUGAAUCGCAGCAGGAAAUGGCGGAGAUACCAGAGCCACAAAUUGACCAGAUACCAGAAUCCCAGUCUGAAGAUAAGGAAGUGGAAGAGAUUUCCGAAUCGCAGCCUGAAGACAAGGAAGACCCGCAGACUGACACCAAGGAAGUGGAAGAUAUAUCCGAAUCGCAGACUGACGACAACGAAGUGGAAGAGAUUUCUGAACCGCAGCAGGAAAUGAGGGAGAUCCCAGAGCCACAGACUGACAACAAGGAAGAGGAAGAGAUGUCAGAAUCACAGCCUGAAGUCAAGGAGGAAGAGAUUUCCGAAUCGCAGAUUGACGAUAAGGAAUUGGAAGAGAUUCCUGAAUCGCAGCCUGAAGACAAGGAAAUAGAAGAGAUACCAGAGUCGCAGGCUGCCGACAAGGAAGUGGAAGAGAUAUCAGAGUCACAGACUGACGGCAAGGAAGAGGAAGAGAUUUCCGAAUCGCAGCCUGAAGAUAAGGAAGUGAAAGAGAUUCCUGAGUCACAGACUGACGACAAGGAAGUAGAAGAGAUUUGUGAACCGCAACAAGAAUUGGAGGAGGUCGCAGAGCCGCAGACUGACGACAAGGAAGAGGAAGAGAUGUUAGAAUCGAAGACUGAAGACAAGGAAAUGGAAGAGAUCCCAGAGUUGCAAGCUGUCGACAAGGAAAUAGAAGAGAUCCCAGAGUCACAGACUGACGACAAGAAAGUGGAGGAGAUACCAGAGUCACAGUCUGACGACAAGAAAGUGCAUGAGAUUUUAGAAUCACUGGGAGAGAUUCCAGGUUCAGAAGUUAUGUCGGAUUCGCUUUCCCAAAGUUCGAAUGAAGAAGCAACGUCUCGCAAUGCUGAAAAUAAUGAACGUUCAGUAAUCGAGUCGGAGCUAGCCUAUCAGCGAGCAACGGUGCAAGCAACGUCGGAAAAGGCGGAUGGAAAUAUGCUACAACUGGGAACUUCCGUGCUAAGUGUCGAUAAAAACGACAAACCAGUUGAAGCGAUUUCAGGCAUAGAACCUAAACAAAUGCCAACAACUCCAAAAGUCUCUAAAAGGCGCCUCUAUUCCAAAAGCAACUAUAACAGUGAAACACUCCUAACGCCGAAUAACAUUGUAGAAUCUCCAAGAGCAGUGCAGGUUACAUUCUCGGAAGGCUACCCGAGCUUAGUGAAAACCAUGCAACAGCACAAAAAUGAUGCUGAAAACCUAGUUCGUGACAAUCGUCCAAAGCGCUCUUGUCGGCUAAAGAUAACGAAUCUUUCGGAAGAGUUUCUUGCAGGCAAUUCCCCUGCGCCGAAGUUUGUGAAACCGAAGCCCGAGGCUUCUGAGCACCACGACUCGUUUGCUGUCAAUGAGGGAGAGUCUGGUGAUAUCCAGAAUGAAAAAUCCGAUACCAGUAUCAUUCAAAAUUCGUCACAAACGUUGGAUGGAGCGGCAAUGGAAGACAGUCGAAAAGACAAAGAUGUGUCAACCGGAGCUAGAAAGGGUCGUACGCAAAAGAAGGUUAUUCUAGAGGAGUCUUCAACAGUACAGACGCCAGUCAGAAAAGGUCGGAACCGUAAACCUGUUGACACGGUAAAAGAAACGGAUGCUACCAAGGAACCACUGGGCGAUACUGAAGCAAUUGAGCAGGAAGACAACCAGAAUAUGGAUGAUGCUGAAGCCGAUUCGCUGGCAACAGACGACAAGGAAGAGCAAAAAGAUAAACCACAAGUAGCAAGAAAGGGCCGGGCGCUCCGAAAGAUUGUUCCUCAAGAAGAGCCUUCCAGCGUAAGGACGCCAAUCAGAAAGGGCAGAGGCCGAAAAGUUGCUGACGCGGUAAAAGCGAUAGAUCCUAGCAAAGAACCACUGGUCGAAGCUGAAGGAAUCGAGCAGGAAGAGCCCCAGAACAUGGAGAAUGAAACAGAACUAUCGCUCCGGGAAACCAAGCAAGCUGGUACACCCGCUGAAGCUGCCGAUUCCAUGGCAACAGACGACAAGGAAGAGCAAAAAGCAGAACCGACAGUAUCAAGAAAGGGUCGGGCGCUUCGAAAAAUUGCUCCUCAAGAAGAGCCUUCCACCGUAAGGACGCCAGUCAGAAAGGGUAGAGGCCGAAAAGCUGCUGACGCGGUAAAAGAAGUAGAUGCUGCCGGAAAACCACUGGCCGAAGCUGAAGCAAUAGAACAGAAAGAUAAUCAGAACAAGGAUGGUGCAACCGAACUAUCGCUCCAGGACAUCAAGCAAGUUAGUACACCCGCUGAAGCUGAAUCGAUGGCAACGGACGAUAAGGAAGAGCAAAAAGGUAAACCAAAAGUAGCAAGAAAGGGCCGGGCGCCGCGAAAGAUAGCUCUUCAAGAAGAAGAGCCUUCUAGUGCAAGGACGCCAGUCAGAAAGGGUAGAGGCCGAAAAGUGGUUGACGCAGUAAAAGAGGUGGAUGCUAGCGAAAAAUCGUUUGGCGAAGUUGGAGCAAUCGAGCAGAAAGAUAAUCAGAAGACGGAGGAUAAAAAGGAACUGUCGCUUCGGAGAACCAAGCGCGCUGCUGAACCUGCUGACACUGAUUCGAUGGCAGCGGACGACAAAGAAAAGCUUAAUGCUGAACCAACAGCAGCAAGAAAGGGUCGAACACGAAAGAUAGCUGCUCUGGAAGAGUCGUCUUCUAGUGGUGUAAAGACGCCAGUCCGGAGGGGCCGAAAAGUAGCUAGAGUAGCAGAGGAAAACGUCGCUCCGGAAACUCCGUUGGGCGAAACUGAAGUGAGCGAGCAGCAUCGUAUCACGACACCGACACCUAACAAAACAGGCAAAAGACGUUUGGUUGAUCUGCGUGGUGAUGAAGACGCUCAGAGCGCGGCUGAUUCGAUGGCAACAGGCGACAAAGAUGAAAAGCUUACUGACCAGCCAACGGGAGCAAGAAAGGGUCGGGCGCCGCGAAAGGUAGUUAUUCUAGAAGAACCUUCCUCAAUCGUAAAGACGCCAGUCAGAAGGGGCCGAAAAGCAGCAAAGAAGGCAGAAGAAAUUCCCGCAACCGAAACAAACCCUCUGGACGAAACUGCGGUGUCUGAGCCGGAUCUGGAAAAGCCGCCGGCCAGAAAAGGAAGAAGGCGCAAAGCAGAAUUAGGUGAGAAUGAAAACGAUCACAAAUCGGACGAUAUGAAUGAACGGACGAAACGGACUAGACGGCCGCAGGCGCAGGAGGUAGUGCCGGAAGAUAUAAACGUUGAAGCUACGGCUGAAAAGACAAGCACCAGUCGAACGAAAGCGAAGAGGACGGCCAAGAAAAACGAUGAAAGUGUUUCGGACAAUACGGAUGUAGCAAGUAGUGCUGCUGAAAGUCCAAAGCUGGAAAAAAUACCAAGAAGAACACGCGCUAAAAGGAACUGCUAACUUUGAAAAGAUGACUGUGUGCGAUGAUUUUUUCGUAUGAAACACAAUUCCAUGUUUUGAGAUUUUAUGUCUUGUCGUGUUUUGUCAUUAUUAUAAUGUUAUUUCGUUUGAUCGUAAUGUAUAAAAUAAAUAUUCUUAUUUUACAAGAGUA